UCCUGCCUCAGCCUCACAAGGGCUGGGAUUACUGGGUGCGCCAUCACGGCCGGCUGUGCUUUUGAGCUUUUUAGUGAUGACACCGUGAAGAGGAGAAGCGCAGGGGCUGGGCAGCUCCGAGGCAGUGCUCGCCUGGUGUGCACUGGGCCUUCAGUUCAGCUCCAGCACCAAAAAAAUAAACAUAAGCGAAGGAAACACUGCGCACAGUAGUAGUGGUGCCCUCCGCGGUGGCGCGGUCAGGGGUCCCUGGGUCAGGGUCCUGGAGACUGAAGGGCGCUCCAUCCACAGGGCUGCACAGCCAGAGGCGGAGGAGGCUUGGCAGGUGAGCUUGGCAGGGAUUCCUGAGGCCAGGCAGGAGUGCUCUGAGGGCAGGUUUGUUGGUUUUUCAGUUUUUGUUGGUUUAUUGCUGGGGAUGGAACAUGGGUUUGUUUCUUUGCUUUUGUUUCUUUUUGAGGCAGGGUCUCACUCUACAGCCUGGACUGACCUAGAAUUUGCAGGAAUCCUCCUGCCUCAGCCUCCCAGGUGCUAGGAUGAUGACAAGUGUGUGUCACCACGCUCCGCUAAUACAUGAAUUUCUGAUUUGAGUUGGUUUCGGCUUACGUAGGUUCAUCUGGGUGAAACCCCAGUGUAAGCAGAGAAUUAGCUGUGUGUGUUAACACACUCACACGAAGUAUUUACAUUCACACGAAUAUAUUUACAUUAUGUCACUCUGAAUGACAGCUAACAUGUAAAAUAGCAGUCAUGAAGUGAAUCCUAUUUUAUUUGGUUCAGUUUAUCCAACAUAUGAUUUAAAUGUUUAAUCAAUUUUUUAAAAAAUCCCCCCUCCUUCCGCCUUCCCUCCCUCCUCCUCAGUACUGAGGACUGAGUACAGAGCCUCCGUGUGCAGGGCAGGCACUACCUCUGGGCUGCAUCUUAGGUUUUUUACAUGAGCUUGAGACAGGGCCACUUCUUAACCCAGGCUGGCUUCAAACUUGCGAUCCUCCUGCCUCUGUCUCCCCCUUGAUCUCAUAACCUCCCCCUCCACCUUCCAGAUCAUUCUCCCACGCCCACCCGACCCGCACAUCCUCCCUAAUCUCUUCCUUUCCUGUGUCUUCCUCCAGAGAACGAGCUGAUUGUCCCACAGUGGCACAGGGCUGGGACCCAUCCGGGUCCUCGGUUUCCUCCAUCUUUGUCUGGCACCAGUCUUCUGUCUGCUUGUACUCUGGUUGGCCUCCUCUCUCCUUUGUGCUCUCGGCUGCUUCCCCAUCUGCCUUUCUCCAGGUGCCACUUCCUCCAGGAAGUUCUCCCUGACUUCCCCACUGCCUCUCCACGCUCCCCUGUGAGCCUGGCUGUGUUUGUGGGGGUACAGUGAACUGAAGCCCUCAUGAUGAGCUGCCUCCCAGGCCUUUUUAAAUUUCUUUUGAGGCAGGUCUCAUUGAGUCACUGAGUCACCCAGGCUAGAGUCAACCUUGAGAUCCUCCUGCCUCAGCCUGCCAAGUGCUGGGGUCAGCCAUGUGCACCACUAUUCCCUGUAUGCCCAGUCUGCCCCUGUCACUGACCAUCGCCUGGUUUUGCAGGUCUGAAGGGUGAGGGGAAGCCAGGGGGCUCCCCUACGCAUGUCAGGAGGAAACCAAGGAAACACUGCGACCUCAAAGCCACCCUUGUCCUCCAGAGGUGCCCUUGGUGGGAUCCCAGUUGGCACCGCUGCGACUUCCACCCAGCUUGAGCAGCCCGGCCCUAGGCGGAAGUUGCCAGAGAGGUUAGGUCAUUGCCCAAUCUGUGGUCUGGAGAAUCUGCUGGGUCAACAGAGUCAAAAGAGGAAGUGGGAGGGAGGGAAGCGGAUGGAUGAUGAGGGGGGCCAGUGAGCGCUCUGCCCCACCUCCAGCUCCUGCAUCCCAUUGGCCAGCUGGUUUUUGUUCAUUUGUUUGAGAGGGUUUCACUGUGUAGUCCAGGUUGGACUGAACUCGGGAUACUCCUGCCUCAGCCUCCCAGGUGCCCAGAUCAAAGGCAUUUGCCACCACCACGCCCUGUGCAUCUGCUCUUCAGACCUCAGCUGGACCCUCAGCCUCACAUCUGUGUUCCACCCAGGACUGGGGUCACCCUGGAUAACAGAAGUGUGCAUUUUCCUGCCACUUAGCACAAAAAAAAAAGAACAAAAAGUUUGCUUAAAGUUAAUUUUGGGACCAUAUUUUAUUUAACCCAGAAAUUUAAGGCAGCAUCUGAUCGUCAAUACAUAAUUAAUAUUUUAAAAAUUCUUAGGUGAGUCACCAUGGUAAAGCAUGGGUGAGGGCCUGGGGUCCAGUCUGGCACUUUGAGACAAAUAAAUAAAAACAUGUUGAAUGGUUAUAUAUAUAUUUGUUUUUGUGCUCAGUCUCUGAAAUCUGGCGUUAAUUUUGCACCCACAGCACUUCUGGCUUGAGUGUGGCAGUGUACACCUGUCGUUCUAGCAUUGAGGGAGGCUGAGGCAGGAGGAUUGGAAAUUUGAGCUCAGCCUGGGCAACUUAGCAACUUAGUGAGAUCCUGCCUCAAAAUAAAAAUUAAAAAAGGCCUCGAGGUGUACCUCAGCAUGGAGGCUCUGGGUUCAGUCCCUGGACACAAGCACAUCCACGCACGUGCACAUGUGUGACCUUGCUUCACAGAAUCUGCCUCACUUGAAUACUUCAGGAGUUUUAAUGUUCAGGGCAUUUACAAAGUUCUUUUUGUGGUAUUUAGUUACAGUAACAGAAAUCCACUAAAAAGUCAGAUAGGAGGGCUCAUGCUUAUAAUCCCAACAAUCUGGGAGGCUGAGGCAGGAGGGUUACAUAUUUGAGCCCAGCUUGGGUGAUUUAGAAUUUACAACCAAAUUCUAAAUUCUGGCUUCUUGUCCUCUCAGGCUGCAGAGUGACAUUCCAGAAUCCUGUGAUGCAAAUAGCCUUGACCUCACAAAGUAGGAUUCCUCAUGCCAAAUGCUGUGUGACUCUCAAGGUCUGAGAGGCUAUGUCUCUGACAUUCAAGCCUUCGGAGUCUUUGAUUGAGAUCAGGGCUAGCAAAUCUGGACCCCGGUUUGUUUUUGUAAAUAAAAUUUUAUUGGUACCUGGCCACACCCAUUCCCUCCCCAGGGGCUUUCAAGCUACUUCAGCAGGGUGAGGAGCUGUGCUGAGACCUCACGUGACCUCUUGCCUCACAAAGACGAAUAUGUUUAUCUUUUUUUUUUUUUUUCUGAAAAGUUGUUAUCGUUUGAAAGACCCUGCCAUCUCAUGAUGAAAUUUAAUCUCACUGUGCACUACAAAGAGGGUGGAAACUUAACGUGACCCUAGCGUGUAGAGUGAGGAUUUUCUGGGUGAUUAAGACUCAAUAUGGCCAUCAAGGUGGGCCCUAACGCAAUGGGCUGUGGCUUGCUCAAGUAGCACACAGACCUGAGCUUGUGCUGUCACUGUGGGAUACCUCGGUUGGCCACCAGCAAAACAACUGUUGUAGUCAGGGGUUGUACACAGAGAACAAUUCAGGUCAUGACAUGGAGUUUAUAAUAUUUUUAUAAUGGUCACCGGAGGUUAACACAGGAGAAUGCAGGAAAUCUAUCCUCAACACCAACGACAUAGAUUAUUUAGUCAAGAGUCUAAACCCCAUGGCAAUGUCCCACAUGAGUCCAGAUAAAAACCCAGAGCUCAGGACAACGCCUCCACGAGUCCAACUGGAAGUCCAGAGCCCACAAGAAGGACUCACGCCAGUCUCUUUUACGGAUUCAUGCCGGGAAGACCCAAGGGUCAGCGGUGGAAGCCAGAAAGUCUAUGCCAGCAGGAUGAAGGAGCUGUGCUAGUGGGAUGAGGGCUCUACGCUGGAGCCGAGAAGUCACACAAUAAAGAGCGGGCUGUCCUGAAAGGCACUACAGCUGUCCUCAGCGACACGGAGGCCCCGAGCUCUUCCGACCACAAGCACAGUCGGGUACGUGACAGGAAGCAGCGUGACAAGUUCAUCCUGGAGACCAAGCAGCACAUGUCUUCCCCUCCGGAGCCAGGAAGCAAUGCUCGAUGUGAAGACCAAAGCUUCUCCAGGAGAACCAACAGACAGCAGCUCAGACAGCAACUCGUAAGAGAACCAACAAUGCCUCCAUAACGCCUCAAUCCUUCUCAACACCUCCCUUCUUCUCCACCUAUUUAUCCUGGCAACCCUCCUCAGGUGGAGCAUCUUCUCUCAAUGCAUGCUGAUGUAAUCCAGCUGGCAUUAAGUUGACCACUAGUUAUCAAACCAUAACAAAGACCCUGGCUAGAUGUGACCCCCCAACUUCGAACCUCUCAGCCUCCAGAACCAUGGGAUAAAUAAACCUUCAUUCUUUACAACUCACCCAGUUUGUGGUAUUUAGUUACAGCAGUAGAAAACCCACUGAAAAAAUCAGGUAGAAUGGCUCACACUUAUAAUCACAACAGUCUGAGAGGCUGAGGCAGAAGGAUCACAAAUUUGAACCCAGGAUAUAGCUCAGCAGCAUAAGUGCCUGCCUGGCAAGCACAAGGUCCCAAGUUUGAUUCCUGGUACCAAAAAAAAAAAAAAAAAAAAAAAAAAAAAAUGAGCCCAACCUGGGCAAUUUAGCAACUUAGUGAGACCCUAUCACAAAAUAAAAACUAAAAAAGAACUGGGGAUAUAGCUCAUGCAAAGACUGGGUUCGAUCCCCAGAACCCCCUGCUCCUAAAAGGACAGGCGUUAGGCUGGGGAUUUAGCUCAGCGGCAUAAGCGUCUGCCUUGCAAGCAGGCAGUUGUGAGUUUGAUCCCUGGUACCCAUAAAAAGUAUAAAAGACAAAACAAAAAACAAAAAACAGGCAUUAACCUUGUUACUUGAAGAUUCCAAACUGUGGUUUCAGAGAUGUGCCACUUUGUGACUUGUACAUGUUUUAUUAUUAUUAUUUAUUAUUUUCCAUGCAUCAAUGCUCUUUGAGACAGGGUCUCACUCUAUAGUCCAAGCUGGCCUUGAACUCACUAGCUGGCCUCAAACUUUCGGUGACCCUCCUUCCUCUGCCUCUCAAGUGCUGGGAUUCCGGAUGUGCCCCGCCAUGCCCAGCCCCAUGCAUUAAACACUGCACGUAUAUUGUUCUGUGUUGUAUCGUUCGGAAGAGGAAAGAGACUGGCUCCAUGUCUUAGCUACUCACCUUGCCGGGUUCUUACUCUGUGAGGUUCAACCUUAAUAAAAAUUCAGCCUCUUUGGGGUUGAGAGAUGUAACAGUUAUGUAGUUUUUGCUUUUGAAAAAUUAUAGUACAUGCACAGAAUUUUUCUGCACUACUGAGGAUCAAACCCAGGGUCUUCUCAUUGAGCGACAUCCCUUGCCGUUUUUUAAUCUGAAUUUUUUUUUUUUUUUUUUUUGGUCUUUUUCAUUUUUAUCGGUACCAGGGAUCGAACUCACGACUGCCUACUUGCAAGGCAAGCGCUUAUGCCGCUGAGCUAAAUCCCCAGCCCCUUAAUCUGAAUUUUGUGACAGGGACUCACUGUGUUGGUGAUUUGCCCAGGCUGGGCCCAAACUCAGGAUCUUCCUGCCUCAGCCUCCCAGAGCGCUGGGCUCACAGACCUGUGCCACCACACUCCACACAAGUGGUAACAUUUAUUGCAAGUGGCUUUUGGUACAUUCACCCUGUUGUGAAACCAUUUGGUCUUUAGUUCCAGAACAUUUUCCCCACCCUGAAAAGCAACCUUGUAUUUCUAGCCUUUGCUCCUCCUUCCUUGGUUCCUCCUCCUGUCACGAAUCCAGUUUUUCCUCUCCGGGGAUUUUGCUGAAACUUAACCUACUUUUGAUCUCCAAAGCUGGCAAUGGGAAAUGGCAGGCAGAGUCAUAGGGUCAGCUGGGUUCCCUCCUGGGAUCGUCUCAUUCUGAGUGUCUCUCUGGAGGAAAUGACUGGCAAGUUGGAGCCUCCAGGACACCCCCAGCCUACAGGGACCCCCAGGGAAGACCCCAGAAAAGGUCUGCUGCCAGAGUCUAGCUUCCAUCUUCCACUUUCUCUGACCCGAAAGGGAUUCCCCGGGGACCUGGGGUGGCAGAGGUGGGAGGAGGGCAUUGGUUUCCAUAGGGGCUGCACUCUGCCAAGACAGUGUCAACCAGAGAGGUGAUGAGAGACAUCUGGGUCACAGGAUGGGUCCUGGCUUCCUGACUGAGAAAUGACUUCCUCUCACUGCAGGACUUUAUUCCCUAAAUGACAGCAGGUGCAUAAUUACAGCCCUCAACUCCCACGGCACAGCACAGCACAAAGAACUGCUGAGCAUGGAGGUUCCGGAGUUGGAGCUGAAGCCACUUCCCCUAGUGGAGCCUGGGUGGUGUGAUUUGGGUUAUUGUAAGAAUAUUCCCGUCUCUGUGGUGGUUUUUUGUUUUGUUUUGUUUCUUGAAAGAAGGUAGUUCAGGCUGGUCUUGAAUUCACUAUUGUAGCCCAGUCUGGCCUCAAACUCGGAGAUCUUCCUGCCUCAGCCUCCUGUGUGCGGGAUAAGGCCCAGCUUGGAGAUAGCACUGCAUGUGUUGGGUGGCUGCCAGGUUCUGCACAGCGCUGGGUCCAGCACAGGCAGGGCAGUGGGUGCCUGUGGAAACUGGACCAGGUCAAGACCUCUGGCCUUAAGGCCAAACCACACACUCAUGCUGGCUUCCAAGAAGCAGACGACAGAGACAAAAACAAGGGUGGAGGAGGACACGGUCGCCUUUCCACCCACUUCAGCCUCUCCAGCCCUGCUGUCACCCUGUGAUUUGGGAACGUGUGAGUCACAGGAAAAACUCAGGACAAGCACAUCCCAGGGCUGGGAAGAGGCCUUUCCAAAUUUUCCUGGUCAGGAAGGUUUACAGGCAGUGGAGUGCCAGAGCCAGGGGAACACCACUCAUUUCCUGAAAUCCGCCAGUCCGGGCUGGGCCAAGAGACGCCAGGUCCUGGGUCCUGCCUGCAGGCCUGGAUGGUGCUCCCAAGGGACAUCUGGCCAAACCAAGGACCCUCCUGAAAAGCACGCCUCCCAGCUGGCUGGGAUUCCAGGUGUGCUCCAACACACGUGGCCGGAAACGCAGCUGCCUUCUGAGGAAUCUUAGGCAUCUGGGGCUCAGAUGGAGAACAACUCUCUCAGCUAUGAGUUCGAGUACGGGGAUUACACGGACCUUCUUCCGGAUAUCCCCGUGGACUGCUCAGGUGGCGCCUGCCUGGCCAUCGACACCUUCCACGUUGCCCCACUGCUGUUCUACACUGCCAUCUUCCUGGUGGGGGUGCCGGGCAAUGUCAUGGUAGCCUGGGUGUCGGGGAAGUGGGCCGGCCGCGGGCGCAGGGCCACCUGGUUCCUGCACCUCGCGGUGGCUGACUUGCUGUGCUGCCUGUCUGGGCUGCUCCUGGCCGUGCCCCUGGCGCACCGGGGACACUGGCCGUUCGGGGCGCUGGGUUGUCGCCUGCUGCCCGCAGCUGUGCUGCUGUCCAUGUUCGCCCGGGUGCUGCUGCUGGCAGUGCUCAGCGCAGACUUCUGUCUGCUGGCGCUUGGCUGUGCCAGCUGGGCCGAGGCGCCAUGGGCACACAGGGCAUGGCUAGCCCGGGGGGCGGCCUGGACAGUGGCCUUGCUGCUCACGGUGCCCUCAGCCCUGUACCGUCGCCUGCACCAGGAGCACUUCCCAGCCCGCCUCAAGUGUGUUGUGGACUACGGUGGCUCAGCCACCGUGGAGGGCUCGGUGGCCGCCAUGAGGUUCAUCUGUGGCUUCCUGGGGCCGCUGGCACUCGUGGUCAGCUGCCACAUCGUCCUGCUGCUCCGAGCGGCCCCACGUCACUGGCCGCUAGGCACAGCCGUCGUGGUGGGCUUCUUUGUGUGCUGGGCUCCCUACCACCUGCUGGGGCUGGUGCUGGCCUCAGCUGCCCCACACUCGGCACUCCUGGCCCGGGCCCUGCAUGCUGAGCCCUGGGUAGUGGGCCUGGCUUUUGCUCACAGUUGCCUAAACCCCUUCCUCUUCCUGUAUUUCGGGCGGGCUCGACUCCGCCAGUCGCUGCCUGCUGCAUGUCACUGGGCCCUGCGGGAGUCCCAGGAGGAGGAGGACAGUGUGAUUAGCAAGGUGUCCACCAGCCAGGAACUGGUGUUGGAGAUGGAGGUGUAGGCAAGGAGGACACUGGCUGGUAGUCUCCUAGCUCAUCUCACACAUCUGGCUUCAGGUAGAGCUGGAUCCAGGGGCUCAAUGACGUUUUUAUUUCAUUCAUUCAUUCAAUCAACGAACAUUCAUUAUGUGCUUGCUGUAUGCAAGGCCCUGACAGAAGAGGCACUGAGAUAGACAGCAGCGAGCAGAACAGAAACAGGUGCUGACAUUCUGCUGGGAGAAAAUGGCCAAUAAGCAAAGAAAGUAAUGUAGAUGGAACACAGAGUGAUAGACACUACAAUAUCUAAAGGGAACAAAGAGGCAUGGGUGUGGCAGAAUAAGUCAACCCUGUGACGACUCUUGAAUGAAGUAAAAGUUGAGUCAACAUCUGAAAAAGAGGGAGAGGAGUCAUGCUCACAUCUGAGUCAAAGAAAGUUGUUCUAAGCAGCAAGAAUCAUAUGUGCAAAGGCCCUGGAGCAGGUUGGACACAGCCCUGACAUGGAGCUGUUGCCUAUCGUUUCCCCCGAAACACUGGAGACAAACCUAUACUCAAACAUUUUAUGUUGUUUAUCUGAAAUUUAAAUUCACUGAGUAUUCUGUGGGUUUUUUUCCCUAUUUAGGCAACCCAAUUUUGAGUAAAGAAUGUUGCUUGAUCUUCCUUAAAUUUUAAUAAGGUCUUGUGCUUGUUGGGGGAGAGGGAAGAACCAUGCAAGGAGGCUACUGUGAAAGUGCAAGCAGGAGGACAGCACACUCAGGAUGACAGAGCGGAGGAGGCAGGAGGCUGAUGGAAAGAAAAGGCACAUCCAAAGCCGUGGGCUCGGCAUUCAAGGCUCCCCUGCACCAGUCCACACAUUCAUCUCCAGCUCUCAGACCUUCAGCAGGCAGGGCAGUGGCCUCCACAAUGUCUAUAUCAUAGUCCCCUGAGCCUGUGGUGAAGGGGCCUUACCUGGCCAUGGGGCUUUGCGGAUGGGGCUUAGUUAGGGAUUUUUUUUGUACUAGGGAUUGAACUCAGGACCUUGUACUUGCCAGGCAGGCGCUUGUGUCACUGAGCUAAAUCCUCGGCCCUUAGUUAGAGGUCUUGAGAUGGCUGUGGUCCUGGAUUGUCCAGGUGGGCCCGAUGUCAGCACAGUGGUCCUUAAGAGAGAGGGGCAGGAGGUCAGCAGUGGCAGAUGUGGUCCAAGUGACACGAAGAGGCCACCUGCUGAUUCUCCCGGGAGCCUCCCUGAGGGACCAAGUGCUGUUGGUACCUAGACUUCGGACUUGCCAUUUGAACACUUCAGGAGAGGACGUUGUGGUUUUUGUUUUGUUUUGGUUUAAAUUCUCUUGAGACAAAGUCCAGCUAUGCAGUUCAGAGUGGUUUGGGAAUCACUCGAUAGCCCACAGCGAUCCGCUUGCCUCAGCCUCUCACGAACUCCCAUACCAGAUAAAGUAAGAGACGUUCAAAAAGAGGUCACCACCUUCCGAGAGCCCAUGUACUAGGUGGAAAAACAGGGUGCAGAAAAAACAAAAAUUUGGUUCUAAUUCACGGGAUGAGAGGAGGAAAGACAGAAAUUUAAAAGAUCCAGCUUUAGCUCAGCGGCAUAAGUGCCUGCCUUGCAAGCAGGUGGUUGUGAGUUCGAUCCCUGGUACCCAUAAAAAUGCAAAAGAACAACAACAACAACAAAAAAGAUCCAGCAGUCACUUGGGGAAUUUGUAGGUUAACUGGGAACUCAGAAUUGUCACCCAUGAAUUACUAACACCAAGACUGUCUUGUACAAUGCUUGUUUCCUCUGGGAUAAUCUAUUUAGUCACCUGAAAAGUCUGAAAAACCCUCAUGCUAAUCCACUGAGAUCAGGGACCCAUUAGGAGGGAACUGUGUUAACUUUGAUAAAACAUUAUUUGUGGACUUAGACAAUUUUUAGUUGAUUUCAUUAGUCUUUUAAAAAAAGAAGUAAAUUUCAUGGGGGCUUCCAAAUGUAUUUCUGUGCAAUUUCAUGUACAAUUCUCUUGAUCAUUAAAAAAAUCUUUUUUUGUUGUUUA